AUGUACGAGCUGCUGGCGGUGGCGGAGACGGCGGGACCGGCGGAGAUAAAGGCGGCGUACCGGCAGCAGGCGCGGCGGUGGCACCCGGACGCCUGCCGCUCCACCAGCGAGAAGCCCUUCUUCGCUCAGCAGUUCAUGCGGGCGCGCGAAGCCUACGGGGUCCUCUCCGACCCCGCCCUCCGCCGAGACUACGACCUCUCCCUCCGGGCCGCCGGCGCCUCCGUCUUCGGCGGCGCAAGUGUGAGGGCGCGGGCGAGGGAAGGAUUCGGGGACUGGGAGGCCCAAUUGGAGGGGCUCUGGAGGAGGGCGGCCCGGCCUGGGCGGGAGAAGACUUGGGGAAGUAGGAUGAGGAGCAGCGCCGUCGAGAUCGAAACGGCAUAG